UUGAAACAGCUUGCACCCCCAGAGCGACUCCAGCACAUGAUAAGUCUAGUCCUAGUGAGCGGCGGCAGUGUGUGUCAGUGUCACUUAUCACUCUUCUUAUCUGUAUGCUGACCUGAGGACCCCUUCAUGAGCUGGAUCUGAUCAACACCAAAAAAGAUGGAUAUGUCAAAAACAAAGGAAGUCUUUAAAAGACUUAAUCUCACAGAAAACCAUAAACUGAAAACUUCAGAUGUUCUCCAAAUAACUCCACGUUCAUUUCACUGGCAGGAGCCUCAAACAGACAAAGAGUUAGCAGAAACCUUUCUCCAAAGGUUGGUGAUGAUGGACUACAAUGCAAGGUACCUAACAACUAAAGAAGAAGGUCCUGCUUCAUUUCUCACUGAACCAGCCAAAGAACAAACUGAUAUUAUUGAUGUUUUGUGCUCACCUUCUUUAAAUAAUGAAAGUCAUAAAGAUCCUGUUCACCCCAUGGAUGUCCAGAUGGCGGUCUUCCACCGCUCUGAUCAUUUCCUGAAGCAGCUAAUAGUGACUAAGCUGUCUCAGUGUCAGUAUGCUCUGCCUCUGCUGGUGCCCAAUCCCUUUUCCAAAGAGAUCGAAUUUCCUCUGUGGACCUUUCAACAAAUUAAGAAGAGCUGGAAGGCAGCGGACUUCUCUGGUAAAGUUCAAAAAGCCAUGCCCAUUUCUCAAGCACAAACUGCAAUGGUGGCAUUCUUCAGGUUUGGCUCUGUGGCUUGUUCCAAGUCUCAGCUGAUGAACAACUUGCUCAAUGAAAAACAUCACACAUUUUUCCACAGACACUGUCCAGGCAGUAGCAAGAACCGGGUACUGAUGGAUGGAGUGGUGGAAAUAGCUUGGUACUGCCCAUCUGGAGAAGAAACAGACCAUUUUACGGACUGUGUUGCAUUUUGUAAUCUCCAUGGUGAUGCAAAAAGUAACAAGUUGCAACUGGAUAGCCUUAUCAAAAUGUCCUCAGUGAAUGUUCUACUUUUAUCUGAUCCAAAAAAUGAGACAUAUACAGAGAUGAUCCAGGAGGUCUGCAGAGACAACAAACCAGUAAUUUUUCUCCUUUCUGAGGAUAACUCGGGUAUAACUAUGAUUCGGCCGGGAAAAUACAAAAUUGGCCUGAAAGAAAGAAAUCAAUCAGAUGUCAACCAGAACCUCAGAACAACUAUCAAAGAGUGUCUUUCAAAAUCAACAUCACAUUUUAAACUUGAAAAUAUGUCCAGUAACAACUGGAUAAAAGAUGAAAAUAAUGCUGAAUGCCAACAAGGGAAAAAAGCUGCAACACAGAUAAUAAGUUUACUGGAAGGAAAACUACCACUAUCUAAACUGAAGGACAAACAUCUGCCCUGUCAAGGAAAACUGUGGCAUGACUGGUGUAAGGAAAACAAAGACCUGCAUCGACAUCCAGAGAACAACACAGAAGCACACAAGAGUGAAAAGCAAAGAAAAAUUAGACACAUCCGUCAACAGCAGCACAAAUGUGGUCCCUCAGAUCUUAUGAAACAAUUUAUAUCCUCACUAAAUUAUCUAGCUGGAAAUGAACAUUUAUAUUUUUUAAAAUGGCUUGGGAUUCUUUUGGACAAAUGCACCCUAAGUGGGCUUUCUUCUCUUUAUUACAAAUAUGAUGAAAAAUGGAACAGGGUUUUAGAGCUUAAGAAGAAACAUGAUACCUCAUGUAGAAUGAAAGAUGAACAGACAGAACUUGAAGAAAUAUCCAGACAGCUGACUGCAGCUUUUGGUUUGGAACACAUCCUCAGAGAGAUGGGUCAGAUAUAUGAGUCUUUUAUUUCUGUACAAACACACAGCAAAACAGGAGAAAACAUGAUUGCUCUCCCCAGGCUUGCAGCUCAGCUCAUUAUAUCUGGCCAUCCAAUGGAGCUGAUGGAUGGAGAUGCUGCUUAUGUUCCUCUGAUCUGGGUUUCAGCAGUUCUAGAUGAACUUGUAAAGAUCCUGGGUGAUCAGAGAGUGUUUGUGUUGUCAGUUCUAGGGAUUCAGAGCUCUGGAAAAUCCACCAUGCUCAAUGUCAUGUUUGGACUCCAGUUUGCUGUCAGUGCCGGAAGGUGCACCAGAGGAGCCUUCAUGCAGCUGGUCAGAGUAUCAGAGGAAAUGAAGCAUAAGCUCAAGUUUGACUACAUUUUAGUUGUUGAUACUGAAGGACUUCGAGCACUUGAGCUCGCAGGAACGUCCACUCGAAAUCAUGACAACGAACUCGCCACCUUUGUUGUAGGUCUUGGGAACCUGACCUUAAUCAACAUUUUUGGAGAGAACCCUGCUGAGCUGCAGGACAUUCUUCAGAUUGUUGUUCAGGCCUUUUUAAGGAUGAAGAAGGUGAGAUUGAAUCCCAGCUGUGUGUUUGUCCAUCAGAACGUUGGAGACAUCACAGCUGGAGAGAAAAACAUGGAGGGAAGAAGACGUUUGCAGGAAGAACUGGAUGAAAUGACAAGAUUAGCUGCUAAAGAAGAAGACAGCUUUGUUGAAUCCUUUAGUGAUGUUAUUGAAUUUGAUGUACAAGAUGAUGUUCAUUAUUUUCCACAUCUCUGGGAGGGAAGUCCACCAAUGGCACCACCAAACCCAUCAUACAGCAGAAAUGUUAAGAAUCUAAAGGAACAAAUUUUCCAAAAAAAUGCAACAUCACAUGCUCUGUCCCUCUCACAGUUUAAAUUACGCAUCAGUGAUCUUUGGAAUGCAUUACUUAAUGAGAACUUUGUGUUUAGCUUCAAAAACACACUGGAAAUAGCAGUCUACAGAAAACUAGAGACUAAGUUUGGAAAAUGGAGCUGGUCUCUCAGAAGUGAGAUGUUAGCUAUUGAAGAAAGACUUUACAACAGAAUUGAAAAUGAAAACCUGGAGAAGAUAGAAGAAAAAGAACUUUUUAAGGAAAUGAAAAAAACUAAAGAGGAAGUGGACAAAUCAGUCAAGGACUAUUUUGAAAAUGACAGAGACAAAGACAUUUUAAUUCAGUGGAGAGUGAGAUAUAAACAGAAAAUCACACAGCUUCUUCAAGACCUUGUGAAUAAUGCAAGAAGGAGUUUGAAUAAUGUUAUUCAGCUGCAGAAUACACGGGAGAUUUUUGAGCACAAAAGGACACAAAACGAGUAUGAUGGAAAGCUGUUUAAUCUCAGCAAAGAACUUGCUCAGAAACACAAAGGCAAAGCGACUGAGGAACAAUUUCUUCAACAUGAAUUUGACAAAGUCUGGGACAGUUGGGUCACUGAUCUGACACAAGGCGCACCUAGACAGACACCUUUUAAUUUUUGGGAGGACGUGUUAACAAUUUUGGUUGAAGAAAAUAAUCAAGCUUCUGUGUAUGAGCGCAAAAAUCACGAAGAGUACAAACAUAUAGACACCCUGGGAGAUUAUUCGCAUUACAUACAUUUACUCAAAGGCAAUGUUACUCACAAAGAGCAAACACACAAGCUAACAGAUAAAAUAAAAUCCACUGUCACCUUUAAGGAAUCAAAAGAUGGCAAACCACAACUUUCUUGUGAAGGAAAUAAGUUAUUAGGGGAUCUGACCAGAAACAUCAUCCACAAAUCUGAGGAACAAUUCCAAACAGUUUGCAUCAAAAUUCAGAAACUAGGAUAUAAAGACAGCUAUAUACAGUUAAUAACAGACCAUGUCAAAGAGAGAGUCAGACAUCAUAAUAAAGACCAACAAAUUAAACUCAAGAACGAAUUUACUCUGGAUCUCUGUCUUCAUGUCUGUGAGCUUGCGAGCCAGAGAUUUACUGAGCACCAUGAACGAUUCAAAGAGUCAAAUGAUCCGAGAGUUUAUCUGUCCAAGCUGAAACCACAGUUUUACAGUGUCUUCAAAAACUACUGCAAAGGAGCAACAACAGCGACGAUAUUUGGUGAACUGUUCUGCAGUAACCUGAAAGAAUCCAUCCUACAAGCAGCUUACAAUAAAACUGCUUUUGAUUUAGCAGCACAGAUCAGAUCAGACAUGUCUGAGUUUAAUGGUAACAGAUCAAACCUUGAGAAACACAUCCUGAAAUGUCUGGCACAGGAGGAGAACUUUGAGAAGUACAUGGACUAUGUUUGUCAUCCUUAUAAGCACUUCAGACACUUCAUCUCAGAGAAAGUUCAUAAGUACAUUACUGAAAAUGACUCCAAGGUUCUGCACCUCUUCAAAGAAGAUCUAAAGUACAAGGAACAGAGAGUUAGUAAUGCUUUAACCCUUGCAGCUGAAGAAGUCCAGAACAGUCGUGGUGAUGCAGACAUGUGGCUGAGAUCUUUUUUCAGCUCAGUAAAGGAUGAGAUAAGCUUUAAACAAAUAACUUUCACUGAUCACAUAGAAAUGACAGAGUUUAGUUUUCUACAGGAGGUUGUUAAUACCUGUUUGACUGAGACGAUGUCAGAGAUGCACACAAGCUUUAACAGUUCAAAAGACAUAAAAAUGGAGAACUUCAGGAAGAAACCAGAUGAGAUCCUAAUUGAACAUCUCUGUCAAUGUUGCUGGGUUCAGUGUCCAUUCUGUUAUGCCAUCUGCACCAACACAAUAGAAGGUCAUGAUGGAGAUCAUAGUGUCCCCUUCCACAGAGCUAAUGGGAUCACAGGAACUCAUUACAGACACACAACAAAUCUCACCUGUGGUAUCUGCACAACAAAUGUGCAAAGUGAUAGAUUGUUCGUUCCCAAUUAUGAUAAAGAAGAUUCGUGUCCAUACAAAUCAUACAGAUCAGCAGGAGGAGUAUAUGCUUCCUGGAGCAUCACCCCUGAUAACUCUGAGCUCAUUUACUGGAAGUGGUUUAUGUGCAGAUUCCAGAAAGACCUGGAAAAACACUAUAACAAAACAUUCAAACCAGAUGAGAUCCCCAGUAAUUGGAAACAGUACACAAAACCAGAAGCCAUUGCAAGUUUGGAUAAUUACAUAUAAAGAAUGAUUUCAUGUUGCUUUAUUUUAACAAAAAAUUAAAAAAAAAAAAAAAAUUUAAGUUAGAAAGGAAAUUAUUAAUUACUUUGAAGAUGAUCUGAUUCAGAUACAAAAUAACUUUAAAUGGUGAGAUGUGUAAAGGAAAUUAACUUGCUUAAAUAUGUAAAGGUGUAAAAUGUAAAUGCAAUUAUAGUGUGAAAAUGUACAAGAUAUUAGGAAUGCACAACCGUAUGAUGAAGAUGUAAACUUUAAAAAAAUUAAUUUAAGGAAAUAUGGGAUUUAUGGAUCAGUGAACUGUGUAUACGUGUCUUCAAAAUUCCACUUUUACUUCCUAAUGUUUACAUCGAGACAUUAGAAAAGGAACACUUGCCAGUUAUUUUAGAUUUUUUGAUCAAUGAGAUGAAUGCUUUUCAUCAAGCAAUGAUUUUGUUAAAAGCUCAUAUCAUAUUCUAAAGUAUAACUCUAAACAUCAAGAAAUGAAUCGAUUAUCAGCUCUAAUCAUUUAGAGAAUUCUUUAGUUGCUUGUAUGCAAAUUUUAUUUUUUUGCACUGAAAUCCUCUGAGAAUAGAAAGAAAAGAAAGUAUUAUGGUCUGAACACCAAGGGUUUGAAAGUCCCUAUUGUUUUUAGUGUAAUUAAAAUGAUUAUUAUUAGUAGUAGUAGUAUUGUUGUUGUUGUUGUUGUUGGUCUACAUACUAUACACACUGUUUGUUUAGUGAAAUAAAAAAUAUAUUGUAACCCACAGCAUGGUAAUAAAAAUGACUAAAAGAGAAAAUGUUUUUGCAGUCCUCUUAGUUUUCUUAGGCUCACCACUCACACACAAUUGCAAUGA